GCCACUGUUUGUGUUUCGCUUGGUGUCUCUCUGCAAUCCCAAGACUUACGCAACAUCUUGGAGAUAAUUCUGGAAAAGUUUCAGAACUGUUGCAGUAAAAUGCAGCACCGCGUUAUCUGACGCAGUGAGGCGGCGGUUAGAGUCCCCUGGCCAGUCUGGUCCACCACGUGAUUAGUACAAUGCCCGGGACAUAAGUCUACUGCCUCAAAAGAGUAUACCAUGUUGCAACACUAUCUCUGACCAACUUCAGCUUGGGAAACAUAGCAGCUUGAUAUCUAUGUGUAUAUACUCGUGCACAUCUGUAUACACGCACAUACACACACAUAAAGUUGUACUCUUACUUAUUUUAUAGGAAGAUAAUCUAUUACUUACUUAGCUAAUAUAGUGUUCGAAUUCAGUGUUUUGUCUUAACCAAGACUCUCGCCUUCACCUUCCAGUCAAGCUCUCUCUUCGCGCUGGUCACCGCUGAGGAACACUCUACGUGAAGGGACAAGCUCACACAGAUCCCGUGAACCGACCUCCCUCUGUAAUACAUACAAUGUGAUCCCUAAUGAAGCGGUUCAUGUUGAGUCUCUUAAAAGAAAGACAUUCUAACACGAGGCAUUUCCCUCCUAUGGAGCAUCCUUACGGAACACUUUCCCUCUUUCUCUCAGUAAAAAAAUUCUGACAGGGUACAUGGCCAUCCCCUCACCCCCCCCCAAACAUGGUGUGACAGCCCCCGCCGUACACAUAACAAACGAUCUGUGCACAGCAGGGUCCGUGGCUGCUUCCCUCCACAUGCUUAUAAUCCUUGUAGGUUCCCAGGGCGGUGUGUGCCCCUCUCAACCUGCUCCUCUUGUGUCGCAGGUGGAUAUUCACGCCUGCCCCCACGGAAGUACUGGUGGUGUGCUGGCCAGGCCUCCGUGAUGAUGCCCUCAGUGAUACUGAGGCAGGGCGGGUGGAGAGUCGUGCCUCUGAGGUCAGUGAGGCUCAAGUCCUGCUGACGGAGGUGGUGAGUCGGGAGAUGAGUGGGUGUGCCGUGGUGCUGGUUUAUGACACGCCCGACGCCCUCCCGCUCCUCGCCCCGGCCCUCCUGCUCAUCCCUUACGGCGUCUCCCUCGUUUACCUCGCCUCCCUGGACGCCGCUGCUGCAUUCGCCCUGAAGAAUCACGUGGACAUCAGUGACGCAAAUGUGUGCCGCGGCGUGGUGGUGGCGGCGCGAGACGGUUCGUGGCGGCGCCUGCUGCAGGAGGCCUCACACUUAUGGGUGGGCCACACUCUGACCUUCCUGCUGCUGCUGUCUGACGAAGACCUCACCCGUGAUGCCCCGUCCCUCCUGCUCCAUCCGACCUUCAGGUUUGGAGCCCAGGUGGUGGCGGCGGCAAGGCAAGACAACGACAGCUGGCACCUACACACCACCAGCCUCUUCAGCAGCCUUCACAAACACCACACCACGCCCCUGGACACGUGGAGACCCGGGCAGGGCUUUAGGGAAGGGGCGCGGCUCUUCCCUGAGGACAAAAUGAACAACAUGCAGGGCUUCACCUUCACCGUGGCUGCCUUGCCCUACGACCCCUUCAUCACGGCUGCCGACACUGCCCUCACAGGACCCGGCAAGUACCGCGGCCUUGAAGUUCGCUUGCUGGACGUGCUGGCGGAGGCUGCAAACUUCACCUACCGCUACGUAGCCCCCGAGGACGGCCAGUGGGGCAGGCUGACGAGGGACGGCACGUGGACUGGAAUGAUAGGGAUGGUGGCGGGAGAGGAGGCGGACUGGGCCAUGAGUGACAUCACCUUUUCUCCGGAGCGGGAACAGUACGUUGAUUUCUCGAGGACCUUUGUGUACGACGCCUCCGAGUUGGUCACGCCCCGGGCCAAACCGCUGCCCAGAUGGACCAGCCCCACCAGGCCUUUCCAGUGGGAAGUGUGGGUGGCGGUGGUGAUGGCAGUAGCGGCUGCGGGACCCUUCCUCUGUGUCCUGGCACGCAUAUGCACUGACACCUACCUGUCCCGCGUCACUUGGUUCCAUCACCUGGGCAACUCAAUACUGUUCAUCAUCCAACCCGUCCUUCAGCGAGGGGGCGACAAGGACAUCGUGAUCGCCCCGGGUCGUAUGUUCUUCGGGUUCUGGCUGGUGUUCUCCAUGAUCGUCGGUAUUUCUUACUCCUCCUCCCUCACCUCUUUCCUCAUCAUGCCAGGCCUGCAGAAGCCCAUCGAGAACCUGCAGCAGCUGGUCACCUCUGACAUUGGGUGGGCCAAGGUGUAUUUUGGUGGAGUGCAGAGCGCUCUUCUGGAUCAGGCACAUGACCCUGACCUAAUCGCUCUCCGGGAGGGCGUGCAGUGGCGGGACUCCCUUUCGGGCAUCCUGCAGGAGGUGGUAGAGGGGCAGCUAGCCACCUGGGACAACGGCAUCACCACUCGCCUUCUGGUGGCCUCAAAAUUUACGGAUACCGCGGGCCAGCCGCUCGUUCACUUCCCAAACUUCCACUUGCUGCAGGAAAGGAUCGCAUGGCCCCUGCAGCAGCACGCGCCCUACAAGCGAAGGCUGGACCAGCUGAUCGACCAGGUGGUGGGGGCCGGCCUGAUGGAGAAGUGGCUGGAGUUCAUUAUCUUCGAGGAGCAAGCCCUCAGCCGGCGGGAGAGGGAGCGUGGAAACACUGCCAUUGAGGCAACGGAAGGCACCACCGGUGGCACAGUUAUCCUCUCUCUAGAACACUUCCAGGGGCCUUUCUUCGUCCUUCUCCUCGGGUGUCUGUGUGGUGGCGUCGCUCUCCUCCUUGAGGUCUCCGUCAGAAUCCUCUACCGCACUGAAAUAAAGUAGUGGUCAUUCCUUUGGAGCUUUCCCCAGCCAACAGGCCACCCCGCAGCGAGCACUGGCCAUGUGAUGGCACUACCUGACGAAAACCUGAGACCUAUUAAUUGGAUUCUCGGUCUCAUAUAUAUAUAUUUUGUGCAGCUUCUAAGCAUUGUUGUCUGCCAUACCAAUAUACAAUACAAAAAAGA